UGUACACUGUAGUCACGUAGUGACUGUACAGAGAUCAUCGAUCUGAUCCCGUUUUUCAUCCCCAGUUUCUACUUUCUCUCGCCUAUUUUGAACUCUCCCCGCGUGCACAGCGUUUUUCUGCGGAUAAUUCUCAUUUGUGUGAUAUCCUGCAGUUGGUCGUAUCACGUUUGCACGGUUGCGUAAUUGCCUGCAGGCUGGGAACCUGUGCAAAGUGGCUGCAGCAGCCUGGCACAAGUUGUGAUAAGGAUCAUAAGGUGCUUCUGCAGUUUUCAGUGGGAUUUCGUCUGACUGCCGCAGUUCUUCAAUUUUUCUGUUAUCUUAUCUUUUUGCCUACUGCGCCAGUUGUUUUGGUUUUGAACUGUACAAUAUUUUGCAUUUAUUGGAGUAUUAGAAAAGGCUGGAGACGUCGCAGUUAGAUCUUGACUGGGUUCCCUGUUGACAGUCCGGAGCGCCGUGAAGGAUGGACGCGGAGAUCGGGGGACGGAAAUUAUCGGCGACGGGGCAGUCGCUGUACCAGCAGCUGGGUCUGGAGAAGGGUGCAGGAGCGGACGAUAUCAAGCGCGCCUAUCGACGCCUGGCCUUGAAGUACCAUCCGGAUAAGAAUCCCAACGAUCCCAUCGCCGCCGAUCGGAUUCGCGAUGUUAAUUACGCCAAUUCCGUGCUGAGCGAUCCGACCAAACGGGAAAUCUAUGAUGCGUAUGGAUCGGUUGGUUUGUACAUCGCGGAACAGCUGGGAGAAGAGAACGCGCACACCUAUUUCCUCCUGCAGAACAAGUGGUGCAAAGCGUUAUUCAUAUUUUGUGGAGUGAUUACCGGGUGCUAUUUCGGAUGCUGCUGCUGCUGUUGCUGUUGUAAUUUUUGUUUCGGCAAAUAUAAGCCCCGCCACAAAAUGGACGAAGGUGAAUACGGCUUCCUACGUGAGGAAUUCGCCGGCGACGCGACGUCCCCCACGGGGGGCGACGGCUACUCGCCCAUGACGGAGCAGCCGUGGACCAGCUCCACCGGCGGCGGCAGCCAGUUCCCGCCCAGUGAUCAGCAGUGGCGGACGGAGGGGUAUGCGGGACAGGGCGGACGCGAUCAGGUGCGGGGCGCGGCCAUUCCGCUGGGACCAGGGGACGCCAACGAGCGCACGGGACUAACCAGCGGAUCCAGCGCCGGCCGCGUCCGCUACACGGACAUCCAGGAGACUUGAGAGUCCGACACUCCCUUCCCUAACCAAAUCGGCAACUUCUCAUUCCAAAAAUCUUCGAUAUGUGCAGCCUCGUACGGUGUUGGUGUAAUUGUCUGCGUUUUGGUGUAAUCUGAUCUGUCCAGUCCGGUGACUGCUUUGAUUGAUUAAUCUCGGGGUGUAUGGUUUUAAUUAAUUUAAUCUGUUUUUGGUGCUUGACGACGGAGAGGGUUGUGCGCGUCUGUGUUGGGUCUCUUGACUAGUCAGUUUUAUUAAGGAUUUGUUUAUACUGUGUAGUCUAAUUAAAAGUGCCGCGCAGAGCAAUCACAUUCGUCGAACGAAUACAAAUGCGGAUGAGAACACAGGGGUGGCUAGUCGAAGGUGGAGCUGGUGGUG